AUGUACGCCUUGAGUGGAUUUGGAGGAUAUGAAGUGAUCAGCCCAUUAGAUGCAUGCCGUGGUGACCAGUGCAGAGCUCAGGUGACUGCCAUUAUUAAAACUUGUGAAGCGUUGGAAGCUAACUUGAAAAAGGCUGACGACACAGAGCGAGAACUUGUGAAAGAGAACGAGCAAAAUAUGGAAGAUAUGAAUAUGUUCACAAGCCACGACGAGACAAAAGUACUUCGGGACAAAAUUCGUGUAACAAACGAGAAUAUGAGGAAAACCCGGAAGGCACGCCGUGAUUUAAUGAGAGAGUUGUUUAAGGUAGUCGGCAAACUUUCAAUUGCCCAGCAAGGACGAUUGGUUAGAUACUUGAAUCUCGAGCAUCGAAUUAGAAUUAGAUAUGAUGACUUUAAGAAUAACAGGAAUUUGCCAAUUAAUUUCAGCACUUGCAAACUUAAUCAAGAAGGAAAGGACCCGAAACUCAACCACGGAAAUCCAAAAACAUUAGUUGGCGCGGUGAAGAAAGGUGUAAAACGUGUCGCCAAGGCCAUCUUCUAA